UCGCUACCUGUACUAUGGUUCAGUUUUCAUUCAGCUCCUCGCAUUUUGCGUAUGAUCGCAUCGCACUGAGGCGUGAGUGUUUUCGACAACUUUCCGGAGGUGAGGACAUAUUGUUCAAGAACUUCCAUGAAUUAUUAGCAGAAGAGUGGGUUAGAGGGGGCUCGGACAGUGGUCAGAAUGGACGGUGGGAAAUUGCAUUGACAAAGUCUUCUGAGAGGGUUGAUGACGCUUUCAAGGACAAGACUCUAGCACCCUACUCGGUUGGAUCUACAGCUUUGGUUGUUCUUCUGUCAGUUUGCCAGAUUAUUGUUGCCAACUGUGGUGACUCCAUGCUCUGUCGUCAGAGACGAGCCAUCCCCUUGACGGUUGACCAAAAGAUUAGUAGGCCAGAAGAAUAUGAUAGACUGGUUAAGGGAGGAGUGAGGAUUCUGUUUGUGGGCGUCCCUAGGGUCGAAGGAGUAAUGACUAUGACCAGGGCAAUAGAAGACGAGUGUUUGAUUCUGGCUACUGAUGGAGUAUGGGAUAUCUUGUCUAAUGAUGAUGUGAUGAAGAGGCUUGCAGCAUACUGAGGAGGCAACACAGAAAGUUGGCGUUUGGUGGAGCUCAUGAUGCAAUUUAUCCAGCACAAUAUGCUGCAAAUCAAAUCCGCAAGGUGUUCAGUCAUUUGAGUGGUGACAACAUCUCAAUUUCUGUAAUUGACCUAAAGCACCAAAUCAAGGAGCGCCAACCUGAACGGUGAACAUAGUAUCGACAUACAGGUUGGCUGGGCAGAAGUAUGUGAUCUUUUCUAUAAACUGGACAUACACUUGAGCUGUAGUUAAAUAAUUGUACAAAUUCUGCAGCUCCUUUACCUUAUCUGUUCUAGUUUGUUAGAGAGGCUUGCCGUGUAUUUUUCUAUAUACCUAGUUCCAACCCUGUAUACUAUUUUUGCAUGCAAUUAUGCAUCUACCUUACCCAAGUUCUCUUCACCGUAGAAACCCCACUAACUAAAAUGAAUUUGCCGAUUUCAUGAAACAAUUAGCAAACUUCUUACAAUACAGAGUAUCAUUCCGAACAUGUAUGCAAUGGAACGUGUGUAAUCAAUAUAUGUAUACAAGUGACGCCAUUCAUAGUUUCAA